AUGUUGCCCUUUGCUUCACAACAAAAUCAAGCCACAAAACCAGAGAUAAAAAGUGAGGCUUUCGUGCAGGGUUUUCAAGCAUGGAGACCAGAGGCUAAUCAUACUGUCGUUUCCGGGGCAUAUCCCCCAGUUCCACAGCAAUACCAAGGCAAGAAGCUGGGGGUUCACAAUGGGUUUUCAGUCUUGCAAAGUUUCAAGGCAAGAAGCUGGAGAACCAAACAGCUCAGAAACCUCAGCAGCAGAAGCAGAAACAAAAGCAAAGGGUUUCCCUGUAAGUGGUUUGCUGGUGUUGAUACGUGGCUGGCUGCUACCGCAGAAGUUGCUGCAGUUCCUGGAUUUAUGAAAGCUGAUGCUCCUGUAGAGAAGGAAAAAGAAGAUGAGGAUUGGGUGAGUUCCACCGAUGACUAA